ACCCAGGGUACUGCAAAUAGCAAACCCGUCGUCUAUGCCACCAAAUUACACAAAAUCCACUUUCAUUCCUUCCUCACAUACAGCCUCCAUAACGCCCUGAUAAUCGAAUUUUCAAAACCAUGAAUUUCAAACCGUUAUCUUCCAAAACUCGCCUCUUACUCUCUGCAUCUCCUUUAUCUUCAGUAUGUCCCUACUCAAUGCUCGUCUCUUACUUCUGUACGUCUUCUCCGGCUACUCCUUCCCGCUCCCACUCCCUCCGGCGCCAUUAUGAAGAGGAGUCGAAAAAUGUCAGGGUUUCUGUUUGGUGGGAUUUUGAGAACUGUCAUUUGCCUGCUGAUGUUAAUGUUUUUAAAGUAGCUCACUCGAUUACUGCAGCAGUUAGGGCAAGUGGGAUUAAAGGCCCCAUCCAAAUUACAGCUUUUGGGGAUGUGCUACACCUUUCAAAGGCUAACCAGGAGGCACUUUCUAUGAGUGGGAUCAAUCUUUCUCAUAUUCCUGGAGGAGGCAAAAAUAGUACUGAUUGGUCCCUUCUUGUAGAUCUAAUGUAUUGGGUUUCCCAAAAUCCACCACCUGUCCACCUUUUUCUAAUUUCUGGUGAUAGGGACUUUGCUAGUGUCUUGCAUCGACUAAGGAUGAACAAUUACAAUAUAUUGCUUGCAACCAGUGACUCUGCUCCUAGUGUUCUCUGCAGUGCAGCAAGUAUCAUGUGGCGCUGGAAUGCUUUGUUGAAAGGGGAAAACCUAACUGGCAAGUUUCUUAACCAACCCCCUGAUGGUCCUUAUGGUUCUUGGUACGGGCUUUAUAAGGUGCCUCUUGAAGAUCCCUUCUCUUUUUAUGAGCAACCAUGUUCACAAGUUGAGGAAUUGACGGAUGUUAUUCCAGAGACAAUUCCAAAAGCACUUAUUAAAGGGAUUCGUGAUAUACUGGGCUUGUACCCUGAAGGAAUCUCAAUUGGUGAUCUUCGUUCUGAAUUGAAAAAGAAUAACGUGAGCCUUGGUAAAGACUUUUAUGGAUAUAAAAAGUUCUCCAGUUUUCUCUUGUCUAUGCCAGAUAUUUUGAAAGUUCGGUACAUUGGUGAUGGGCAGUAUGUUAUCCGUGCAGUUGCAGCAAAGCCGGAGCCAUUGGACCGCAAUCCUUCCUUAUGUACAGUUCCUGUUACCAGUAAUAGUAACCGACAAUCUAGUAGGCCUUUAAAGCCAAAUGGUAAGGACAUAUCUACUUCUGGGGCUGUGGACAGGAAAUCUAUAAUGCCUGUGUCACCUGAAAUAAGUACAGAACGAUCUGCAAGAAAAGUGCAACAAUCGACUCCUAUUGAGAAGUCUGAAAUGGAUAUUGAACAGCCUCCAAAAGAUAUUGAAGCAUGUAGGCCUUUAAAUUCAUAUGGUGAGGACAUAUCUAUUUCUGGAUCUGUGGAUAGGAAAUCAAUAAUGCCUGCAUCUCUUGAACUAAGUAGAGAAGAACCGACAGGAAAAGUGCAACAAUCCCCUCCUUUUGUUCAGAAAUCUGAAAUGGAUAUUGAGCAGCCUCCAAAAGAAAUUGAAGAAGCUCCUUCAAUUAGUGAAAAGGUUGUGGAAGUGGCUAAUGUUCAGGGAGCUGAAGAUAAUCUGCAGCCUUCGAAGGAACAAGAUUCCAAAUCUGAAGUCGGUUUUUUUAAAAAAAUCUGGAGAAGAUGGUUGCGGAGUAAUGAUGACAGUUCCAGGAUAAAGGGUCAUGACAUUCCAAAAGAAUAUCAUAGUUCUGGGGAUAAUUCUGUGAAUGAAAGUGAGAAUUCUAUCCAAAAAUCUGGCACUCUGGGUGAUAGCCUCGAAAAGAAAGAAGAGAAAAAAAUUCUGAAAUCAGCAAAUCAGGAGAAUGGUCAAGUAACUCCAGCAUCAAGUUCUUCAUCCAGUAGUGAUUCAACUCUGGCGAAAGAAACCAGUUUCAAUUUUGAACCAUAUAGUGAAAAAUCUGGGAAAACUGCUGGUUUACUUAACCUUAUUAGGACAUGGUGGAAAUUUGGGAGAAAUACUCCAGACUCUAAUUCAUCAAUUGAUCAUCCUGGUGGAGAACUCGAGCAGACAAACAGUUAUUCUGUAAAGCAUCAAAUUUUUUAUGAAGAUUCUUUUUGGAAAGACUUGGAAUCCUUUUUUAACUCUCAAAGGGGAUCAAUUCUUGUAUCACAAUCAAAGACCAGAGAACAGAUGGCAAGAAAUCUUCAAAAAGAUGGGCCUUCGCCUCUUAAAUCACUUAAUGAAACUGAUGCCCUUCGAUUGGUUGAUAUCUUAAUAUCAGAGAAGAAAUGGGUGGAAGAAUAUCCCUCUGAGGCUUCACCCUUCAAGGUCACUCUGUGCAUUGAAAAGAACACUUCCACAAGUGAUUCACAUGCUUCAAAUGGAUUGGGAUCUAUUUCAUUAAGCACUCCAUUACAAUCUAAACCGAAUAGGCAAGCAGAAGGUGAUGGAGAUGGAAGUGUUGGAAAGGACAGUUCCUCCAGCAAUUCAAAGGCUUCUAAUGGAUUGAGAACUAUUUUUUUGCGCACUGCAUUACAAUCUAAACCAAAGAGGCUUGCAGAAGGUGAUGGAAACGGAAGAACUGUGAGAAUUCAGAAUAUUUCUCAUGCUGGAGUUUCUCAGCCAGUUAGCUAUAAAAAACCUCUGGAAAGGUCUAGAGGUAAGACAUUAAGGGACUGUCAAAAGCUUGUGCAGGAGAUAUUGAAGGAUUAUCCAGAAGGGUAUAAUAUUGUGGCCUUCAGAAAACUAUUCUUUGAGAGGUAUGGAUAUCAUCUUGAUAGUCAAAAGUUCGGUUUCGGAAAACUGGCAUCCUUGCUACAGAUAAUGCCUGGGGUGGAAAUCGAGUCUACUUAUAUGAUUCCUUCCAAUAAAGUCCUUAAGUGUUCCAGUCAGGAUACUGCUCUUUCUGAUAUCCAAGAAAGUAUUACGGUUCAUACUUCAGCAACUUUAGGUAGUGAGAUAGCUAAUGCAUCAAAUGAUGAUGAAUUGGAUUCUGCCUGGGAGGAACUAGGUCCUGUUGACAACACAGUUUCCAGCAGGAAGGAACCAGAAGAAAAAUGCACUUUCCCCCAUUAUGAGUCUUCCCUCUCUGAUGAUAAUUUUUCAGAUUCAGAAGGAGAGCCCUCAGCUUUAACUCGGACAGAAGGGCUAGCAAAAUCUGGAAUGAACAAUGAAGAUAGCUCGUUACUCCAAAUUCUUGAUUCAUGGUAUGGCAAGACGGAAGGUGACCAUGGCAAGGACGAGCCAGAGAAUGAGCAAGGCAUGGUUGAUUAUUCCAAAAAUAAUUUACAUCUAUCUGAAUCAUCUGGACUAGGUACUAAAACUAAAACUUCAAUAGGCUAUGGCCAAAAGCAAAGAACUCAAAAGAGCUAUUCUUUUGUUGCAGACCCUGAUAGUAACCCAGACAAACUAGUUGAUGGCAUAAUGACUACCUUGAAGAAGUCAGGUGAGUCAAGAAUGCAAAGCUGAUGGGCCUUAAAUCCCAAGGAUUUAUAAAUUAAGAAGAGAGAGAGAGAGAGUGUGUGUGUGUGUUAAGAAAGGUAAAAUUCAAUUAAUUUGUUUAAUUUGUCAGAUAAUUUUAGACAUAUAUUUAAAUUGCUGCAGCAUUAGUUUAUUCCUAUUUUAGAAUAAUGCUGAUUCUGUCAAGUUUAGGAGAACGCGACUUGAUGGUGGUGCUAGGCUGCUAUCAAGACGAUUGAAAUUAUUGGUACUAGAUAUAAGAGAAAUUCUACACGUCUUUGGUUGUA